GAGAUAAGUUGAUAUUCUCUAUAAAGAGUCAAAGAAAAUUCUUCGAAAUACGCUACUGCAGAUCUAUCAAAUCUCUCUAAAGAAAACAAUUGAUUAUUUUGAUCAUUUUAAUAAUCCUAAUAAUGCCAGUCAUCGAUAAGUGUUGAACAGUAUUCUAUCUCGUAUGAAUAGUUGCGCCUCGUAACCUGUGUUUGUUUAAGCAUUAUUUCUUAGUGUGGAACAAAUCUCUUCUGAAUAUCGCCACGAUCACCAUCGACUUAACGGCUUAAUCGAAUGAGAUCACCAGAAUCAUAAGCAUUGAUCGAAUAUUCCCAAGAGCAACGAUUAAAUUACCAUGUACCCUAAUUGUAACUGUUUCAACAUCUCUUUCCCUUGGUGCGUGUUUCAUUCGAAACGAGAUUUAAACUUGAGUGUAAAGUAAAGUUGAUGAUCACUGAAGGUCUAUAGGGCUGGCCAUCUGUCCCUCGUUGCCACGUCUGCAACGUCUUGGUGGUCCAUUUUGGGGCUGGUGCGCAACAGCAUCGGCACUAGCGCUGGCAAUGAAGCGCUCACAGGUAGAAUCUACCCCCUCUCUUUCUCUCACUAUGUAUGCGCGCUCCCGCACGUGCUCUCUUUCAUCCCCUUCUCUUUGCUGUACUCUGCUUUUUUACUGGUAACAGUUGAGAAUAGUAGAGAGAGAGAGAGUGAGAGGGAGGGAGGGAGGGAGGGAGGGAGGGAGGGAGGCAGAGUAGUAAAGUUGGAGAACAUUCAACUGCGUUGUUCUGGUAGAACUUCUAACAGUGGUCCUUUCUGUCUUCUCUACUGAUUGAUUGGAUACAUUGAAAAUUAAAACACAUAGAUUUGUGUACAGUGUGUCCCAGCGAGUGUGAUGUAAUCGGCGAUAGAGUGAUUCUACGUGAAAAAAUAUGAGACUUCGUUUUCGAGAAAAUCUAAUUUGAAAUUUUGUCAAGUAUACUUGGCUAAUUACAGACUAGAAAGAUGUCACGUUGGUUCGAUCAAUCGAGCAUACUCCUGAUGAGUGUGAUGUUGUUUAAUACAGUAAUGUGGAAUACAGCGAAAAGUUCGAUAAUGAAGUGUGAGGAAGCAAAAUUAAAAUGCGCCUUCAGAACAGGCUGUGGCGCAGCUCUGCAACAUUAUCUCACGGGUUGUGCACCCGUUCUCCAAGGGAAUGAUUGUUCCGAAACCUGCCAACAUGCCCUUAUUGCUCUUACAAGCACCGAUGAGGGCAAAGAACUUAUGACAUGUGAAUGUGAGGAUGAAUUAUGUUCGGAGUCGAAACAAAGAGUAGAAAUAUGUAGAUCGUCUGUAACAAUGGCAAUGAAUAGGACAAGGGUGUCCUGCAGAAUAGCAACUUGGAUUUGUAAUGCAGACGCUCUUUGCCAAACUGCGCUUACAUAUUACAAUAAAUAUUGCAAGAGUAUGUUUCAAGGACGAAAGUGUACUAGACGAUGUAGAAAUUCGAUAAAUAUCUUAACAAGACAAGAAAAGGCUGCAAAAUUGAAUACAUGUCAGUGUGAUGGUUUUGAAGAAUACGAUUGCAAAGGAAUUCAUAGAAACAUGAAUCUUUUAUGUUUUGGAAAAACACAUCAUGGUUACCGUGAUGUUAAUGUCGAGGAUGAUAGAGAAAGUGAAUUUCUAACACCAAACAUGAGUCUUAGAGGAAACGGUGUUCAAAUAUUAAUGGACAGAGAAUUAUUUUUACUUUCUUUAUUGAUUUAUCACAUACUUAAAGCGAGACAAGACUGAUGAUUAGAAAGAAUCCAGAAAGAUCUC